UUAUAUUGCCUCCCUGCCCUGAACCCUACCGCACCAGAGCGGCGGAACCCCAAAUCCCCCACUCGCCAUGUCGUCAACCGCUGCCGGCGGCAAGCCAUCGCUGUCCGCCUCCGCCCUUGUCGCCGACACGGCGACCGGAUCCCACCACUUCACGAUCGACCUCUACUCGCGCACCAAGGGCAUCCCCACAGGCGAGCCCCUCAAGUCCUGCCCUUUCACCGUGGGAGGCCACCGCUGGCUCGUCCUCUACUACCCCAAUGGCGACCAGGCGGAGAACGCGGGCUACAUAUCCCUCCGCCUCAUCCUCGCCGAAAACACCUCCAGGACGCUGAGGGCGCAGCACCAGUUCCGCUUCGCCGGCGAGGCGGAGAAUCAGGCGCUGCCGCUGGCGGCGGAGCCGCUGAACAACUUCGCCGGCCUGGCGAGCUGGGGGAACUCCAAGUUCAUCCGAGCGGAGGCCCUGGAGAAAUCGAAGCAUCUCAGGGCGGACUCCUUCGCCGUCCGGUGCGACCUCAUCGUCGUCAGCGACUUCCGCGCCGUCGAGACGCCUGAGCCCGCCCCUCCGGCAUUCGUCACCGUGCCGCCGUCCGACCUUCACCUGCACCUGGGCAACCUUCUUCUCGCAGAGAAGGGGGCCGACGUGGUGUUCGAGGCCGGAGGCGAGACCUUCGCCGCGCACCGCUGCCUGAUCGCGGCCCGGUCGCCGGUGUUCAGUGCGGAGCUCUUUGGCGAGAUGAAGGAGAGCGUCGACACAACGGCUGUCGUCAAAAUAGACGACAUGGAUGCGCAGGUGUUCAAGGCAUUGCUCUAUUUUGUGUACACCGACACCUUGCCGGAGAUGAAGAGGGAAGAAGCAGGGGAAGACGCCAUGUCUCAACAUCUGCUUGUCGCAGCCGACAGGUAUAACCUGGACAGGCUAAAGCUGAUCUGCGAAGACAAACUUUGCAGGUGCAUCCAAGUGAGCACUGUGGCGACAAUCUUGGUGUUGGCUGAGCAACACCAUUGCAGUGGCCUGAAGAAGGCAUGCUUUGAUUUUCUCAGCUCUCAGGCGAAUCUGAAGGCAGCCAUGGCCAGUGACGGCUUUGAGCAUCUGAGCCAAAGCUGCCCCGCUAUCAUGAAGGAGUUGAUCUCUAUGCUCAGCGCCUUGGUUCCGUGAUGCUUACCUAGUGUUCUACGAAUGGUGGUUGGUGUUCCCAGGAUUUCUGUCAUCACGUAGUUUUAGCAAUGGCAGUUCUUGUUAUCUAGACUUAGGCUAUCAGGUAAGGCUGCAUCUAUUCUAGGGAUGAUCUAAAGUAGUCUCAUUUUGUCUGUUCUGUUAGCUGAUUGUAUCUCUAAAACUCUGUCAGUUAGUCAUGAAUAUCUUUGCUCUA